CGUGAACGCAUGCUAGCGGGACCGGUUGAGGAUUUCAGGGAGAGAGACGAUGGUCUCUUAUUAUUUCGUGACCGAGUGUGUGUACCGUUGGAUGAUAGCUCCGAAAGUCCAUCUUAGAGGAGGCUCAUUCAUCGGCGUAUGCCAUGCACCCGGGAGGCACGAAGAUGUACCGUGAUUUGAAGGAAAGUUACUGGUGGUCGGGUAUGAAGAGGGAAAUAGCCGAGUACAUCAGUAGGUGUCUUACUUGUCAGCAAGUUAAGGCAGAACAUCAGCAUCCGGCUGGGUUACUACAGCCACUUUCCAUUCCUGAAUGGAAGUGGGAGCACGUGACUAUGGAUUUCGUGGUGGGGCUGCCACGGACGAUUAAGAAUUAUGACGCCGUAUGGGUCGUGGUUGAUAGGCUCACGAAGAGUGCACACUUUUUACCUAUCAACACCACCUAUGCACUGGAAAGGUUAGCCAAGUUGUAUGUGGAUGAGAUCGUGAGGCUACAUGGGGUUCCCAUAACCAUUGUAUCCGAUAGAGAUCCGCGAUUCACAUCACGAUUUUGGCCGAAGUUCCAAGAAUCUAUGGGGACAAAACUGAAAUUCGGUACAGCUUUUCAUCCGCAAACGGAUGGACAAUCCGAGCGGGUUAUACAGAUAUUAGAGGAUAUGCUGAGAGCUUGUGCAUUGGAGUUCCAAGGGAGUUGGGACAACCAUCUGGCACUUGUGGAGUUUGCCUAUAACAACAGUUAUCAGGCGAGUAUAGGCAUGCCUCCAUAUGAGGCAUUGUAUGUGAGGAGAUGUCGUACACCUUUGUGUUGGGACGAGGUUGGCAUGGCCAAACUCGAGAGCACGGAACUGGUGGAAAUCACCAAGUCAAAGGUAAAAAUGAUUCGUGACAGACUUAAGGCGGCACAGGAUAGACAGAAGAGUUAUGCCGAUAAGCGCCGAAGAGCCUUAGAGUUUAAGGUUGGGGAUGAGGUAUUUUUGAAAGUUUCACCUUGGAAAGGAAUCAUCCGAUUUCAGAGCCGAGGGAAACUCAACCCACGCUACAUAGGGCCAUUUGUAAUUCUUGAGAGAACUGGGGCCGUAGCAUACCGAUUGCAGUUGACUCCGAAAUUGGAGAAAAUACAUAAUGUAUUUCAUGUGUCUAUGCUUAAGAAGUAUAUUCCGGAUCCAUCUCAUGUAAUAGAGAAACCACCCGUGGAAAUACGGGAAGACCUGAACUACGCCGUGCAACCGGUAAAGAUACUUGAUAGGCAAGUAAAGAAACUAAGAAGAAAGAAAGUUCCAAUGGUUAAAAUCCAUUAGAAAAGUGACCGAGUUGAAGAAGAAACUUGGGAGACUGAAGCCUCGAUGAAGGAGCAGUAUGCAUUGCUGUUUGAAUAAUCGAUUGUGAAUUUCGGGGACGAAAUUCCCGUUAAGGGGGGGGUGAACUUGUAGCACCGUCCCCAAGCAUAUUUACUUUUAGUAAAUUAUGUAAUAAACCUUGAAAGAUGAUUUAUGAAUUUACGUAAUUGUUAAAUUUUGUUAUUUCUUUUACGUGAAUAGAAAAUUGCAUGUGGGGCCCACAACGGGAGCGGGGGCCGCCCGAUAAUUUCCGAACCACAUGUUAUAUUCAUCUUGGUCUAGAUGACAUCUAUAUGGUGGUAGAUAUUUUAAUUGGGCCAUAAGAAGGGCAUGGAGUUGACCGGUGGGUCAAACGGGGCCCAAUUACCGGCAUUGGCAAAUUAAUGGAUAACAGCCCGAAAUGAGUUUCGGAAGCUCCUAAAUUAAUGUUUGGGAAUGUAUAUCUAUUCUAAAGGCCCAUAAUUAUUGGAAACGCGUGAUAUAUUUUAUCCGGCCCGAUAAAAUAAAAUAUGACUAAAACAGUCCAAAAAAUACAACUUUCGGGGCCGAUUAUACACAUCGGGGCAUAAGGGGAUGACCUCCCACAUGAGUGGGGGCCACCCCACGACCCAAUGUGCUGCAAAUGACAAGGAAGCAGCUGGAGGGGGUGUACCUAGUAGGUGGGAAGUCUCCAAGAGACAAAACCCAUACCCACCAUUACCCUACUCCCUUAUUUUGUGGGUUGACUUAGGUGGAUGGUGUUAAUCACUCAUCCUAGCAUCUCCUCAACCAUCCACUCGGCCAAGGCAAAGAGAGAAGCUCUAGGGAAGCCUCCUCUCAUAGUCCAAGCAGCAAGGAAGAGAAUCCAAAGAGAAGAGGGUUGUUUUUGAGGUAAGAACUCAAUAAACAAUCUUUAACUAGUUUUAUUAUUGUAUGAUUUUUAAGAAAUCAUAUGGUGGAUUAAACCAUGAGUUCUACACGUUUAAAAGUGUAGAAUAUUGAUAUAAAGUGGUGGUAAUUAACUUAGGAGGGUUGGCAAAUCGAUAGGAGUCGAAAUCGCCGGAAACCGCCACUUCAAAGGAGCUAGUCGCAGUUGCAGACCACGAAAGCCGCCCGGCUUUCGUGAAAGCCGCCCGGCUUUUGCCCAGGCAGUCCAGUUUUGCCUUUCAAUCGGCUUAGAACGGGGAUUGAUCGAGGGGCGUAACAAAGGCAACUAUUGUAGCACAUCACGAGUUUCAGGUAGAACUUGAAGGUUGCUACCGGUGCCCGUUGCUCGGGAUAUUCAGAGGAGAAGACGUGGUUCGUGCUUCUUCUGUUUUUCUGAUUUCAAAACAAUCAUAAUAAUGCUCAUGGAUAUUAGUUUGAAUAACUCUUUGGGGCUUGCAUGCCCAUGGUUGCCAAAGUGUGGCUAAGACAUUUAUAUUAAAUGCUUCCGCUGUUUUAAAUGAAUGAUUUACAUUAU